ACGACCCUGAGAUAGUGACCUGAGCCAAACCAAGAGUCAGACGCUUAACCGACUGAGCCACCCAGGUGCCCCAGAAAUGGAAUCUUCCAGACUAUGCUUUUGCAUUUUCUUCUCUCCCUCGGCAAUGCCUUGUGCAAAUCCCUCCAAAAUGUGUUCUGACUGCGAUGUUUAAAUGAGGAUGAGAGGAGGGUGGGUGCAAUGAUUAAAUGAGAUGUGUUUGCAAGGAACUCAGCAAAAUGCCAGGCACAGAGCAGAGCCCCCCAAGAUAUUUGUACCCUCCACUCCAUCUAACACUCAGGUGCUGGGUGGGGUGGAGGGACAGCAACUACGUCAGACUCGGUCCGGCAGCUAGAAACUGCUAACCCGGAGGAAAAAGGGGGAACUCCGAUGUGACCCCACUUCCAGGUGGAACGAGAUUGGGCCGAUCAGAAGGUGUCUACAUUCGGCCCUGUUGGCUGAACACCUGCCGCGUGUCCAGGCCUGGCACAGACAGCUCCUCAGUCCCCGGGAGACACUCACGAGGACAAGACUGGAGAGCGUUGCUACCUGCGAGACCUCCACCUUGCGGCUGCUAAUUUUCCAGAGCGUUUUCGACUCUUUCGGGAGAAAGUACUUUUCCGUUGUCUCAGCCCUCUGACUUCAUUGAUCAUUACUCUUUCUUUUUCUCAUCCCUCGGGCCAACUUUGGUCACACCCCACCCGGCAGUCUUCGCCCUUCGGCGAGGUCUUGGUGUCUCUGGCCAGGGCGGUGAGAGGAGGUAGCAGGAGGCCGCGGUCCCCACGGCUGCACCGUCCCCAGCGCCGGCAGCCAGGCCUGGGUGCUGAGGUCACGAUGUCCACCAAGGUGCCCAUCUACCUGAAGCGCGGCAGCCGCAAGGGCAAGAAGGAGAAGCUACGGGACCUGCUGUCGUCGGACAUGAUCAGCCCGCCGCUGGGGGACUUCCGACACACCAUCCAUAUCGGCAGCGGCGGGGGCAGCGACAUGUUCGGUGACAUCUCCUUCCUGCAGGGCAAGUUUCACCUCCUGCCAGGGACGGCGGUCGAGGGACCUGAGGAGGAUGGCGCCUUCGACCUCCCCUUCCAGUUCACCCGCACCGCCACGCUGUGCGGGCGGGAGCUCCCCGAAGGGCCGUCUCCUCUGCUCAAGAAUGCCAUCUCCCUCCCUGUCAUCGGUGGGCCCCAGGCCCUCACCCUGCCCACAGCCCAGGCCCCACCCAAACCCCCUCGCCUGCACCUGGAGACCCCACAGCCUUCCCCACAGCCUUCCCCGCAAGAGGCAGGGAGUGUGGACAUCUGGAGAAUUCCAGAGGCUGGCUCUGCCCACAACGGGCUGACCCCCGAGUCAGGGGCUGAGGAGCCCUUCCUGUCCCAUGCCAGCUCCCUGCUCUCCCUGCACGUGGACCUGGGGCCUUCCAUCCUGGAUGACGUCCUCCAGAUCAUGGACCAGGACCUGGGCCACAUGCAGAUCCCCACGUAGGACCAAGGCUGGCCAGGCCGGGUGCUCAGGAUCGAGCGAAUGCUGGGAGGCAGAGGAGCGAUGCAGCCCUGGUCUAGAAGUCGGGAUUCCCAAGGUCCCACUGUGUGGUCGCUGGCCAGUGAUUUCUUUCUUUGAGCCUUUGUUUCCCUCCUUCCCAGCACCUCCCUAGGGGCAGAGUGUGCCUCAUUGCUUUCCCCUAAAACGCACUAAGGACACCUGCAGAAGUCAGCCCAAAGGGCCCUGAGCAUCUUGGGCCACCUGGACCCCCACCACCAACCGCUCCUCCUUCCCUCACAUCCCUUGGAUGAAGGCUUUGCCAAGAUGGACUCCUCUCUCCACCUUCCUUCUGCCUCAUCCUUGUGGGAUGCCCUGAUUGGGGGGGUUGGGGGGGGUGGAGGCACAGCACAGCCAGCCAGACCUUUGGCUCUGUGUCCUGGACUGAGAACAUGGCAUCGAUGACCGAAUGUCCCUCAGCCCAUCCCCCUCACAUGACCAGGAGAUUCUGGUCGCAAUAAAACUUGCUGCUGCUGGU